UACUCUGUUUGAAGCCAGUGAGUGGAUAUGCGGCUCCAUAAUGUUUAAUUUAUCUGUGAUACUGAAGUUAUUUGUGAUAAAAUGAAAUAAAUUCAAUGCAAAUUAGAGUGUUGUAGUUGAUUUGGAUGCAUCAUCUUAUGAAUUAUUGGUACUUAUUGCGUUAUAUCCGUGUCUUUGUGAAUGUAAACAAGCCCAAGUGGCCGGUGCUUGCUUGAUGAGUGCUUGUGAAGCCGAAGCCGUGUGAUAACGUAAACGUGUGAAGCUGGAGUAUUGGUAAACAUUACUGAAGCAAAAUGUAUCCUGCUCCGCGACCUCCAGUGUCGGGUGGCCCGCCUCCCAAUGGCCCCGGGCCGCUGAAGAACAACGUCGCAGAGACCUGCGACCGCAUCAAGGAGGAGUUCACCUUCCUGCAGACGCAGUACCAUGCAAUGAAGCUCGAGUGCGAUAAGCUGGCGAGCGAGAAGACGGAGAUGCAACGACACUAUGUUAUGUACUACGAGAUGUCAUACGGCCUCAACGUAGAAAUGCACAAGCAAACGGAGAUCGCAAAGCGGUUAGGAUCCAUCAUAGGACAGGUGCUUCCCUUCCUGUCACAAGAACACCAGCAGCAGGUGGCCACUGCGGUGGACAGAGCAAAGCAGGUUACCAUGGCUGAGCUCAACCAAAUCAUUGGGCUGCACGCACAAGCGGGCAUCCCUCACGGGGGCCACGUGCCCCCCAUACCCGGCCUGCCCCCUCACGCUGGAUUGCCGGGAGGCUUGCCUGGCCUGCCCCCCUCGUCCGUCCCCCCACCGGGCCUCCUCGCAGCCUCGCAAGCAUCCCUUAUGGGGCUGGGGGCUCACCCGCUGUCACUGCUGGCGGGGGGAGGAAAGCCUCCCGGUGAUCUGCAUCCCCACCAGCGCAGUCUUCCCCCACAUCCCCACGACGAUAAGGCCCUCAGACACCCCGACCCCUCAUCCCUCCACGAUGACAGGAGAGGCAAUGCGAGUUCCCCAGCCGAGUCCAAGUACAGACCCAGAUCUGGCACGCCUGACGACGCGCCCCUUGAAACCAAAAGACGGAAAGAUGGUGGCGACUCGAACCCCAGCUCCUCUGCCGGCACUCCGACAUCAUUGAAAGCUUCAAGUUCAUCAUCAUCUGGAGCAGCGUUGUCUAAUCACCACCACCAGCACCACCAUCACCACCACAACAACGUUAGUCACCAAGCCCCACCACCACCACGGCCCCCGAGCUCCAACGCGGGCAAUGAUAGCGACGGAGAGAAGAGUGACCAGGACCUCGUAGUCGAUGUCAAUGAGGAUGUGGGCAGUCCCCACACAAACGGGGACCACCGAGCGGGCAGCGGCGGUGAGAUGAACGGCGGCGACAAGAAGCCUGACCGUCCCGCCUCCCAGUCCUCCUCGUCCUCCAGGUCCACUCCCUCGCUCAAACACUCCAAGGAGAGUGACCCCCGUGUGCCCACCCCCACUUGCAAAGCCCCAACGGCCCCCACCACAAGUGGGGGGAGUCUAAGCACCCCCAACGGUCCCUUGAGUGGGGGAGCAACAAGCAACGGCGUUCCCAAACCCCCCGUCCCCGGUGGGGCAGGGCUCCCUCACCCUCAGUUCCCCGGUGCCCCCUACCUUCCCCCUGUGGGAGUGGGUGCUGCCCCAGGUCUCCCUCCUCCUCCUCCCCAUGCUCUUGUCCGACCUGAUCUUCCUCCUGGGGCUGGGGGCCCUUAUCCUCCUGGUCCUCCCAAUUACCACGUCCGGCCACCUGCCCCACCUGCUGCUGGAUACGAAAUCCACCCGGGCAGUAGGGGGCAGAACGGGGCGCCCAUCAACGGUGCUGCUGGCAAGCCUGCGUACAGUUAUCACGUUAAUGGGGACGGACAAUUGGGUCCUGUUCACUUCCCCCACGACGCCCUCUUGGGUGCCGGUAUCCCCCGCCACGCCCGUCAGAUCAACACCCUCCACCAUGGUGAGGUUGUCUGUGCAGUCACCAUUAGCAACCCCACCAAGUACGUCUACACCGGCGGCAAGGGUUGUGUCAAAGUCUGGGACAUCAGCCAACCAGGCUCCAAGAGUCCCGUGUCUCAACUCGAUUGUCUCGUGGUAAACAUCGCCGUUUGGGACCUGCACAACCAAACUCUGGUACGACAAUUCCAGGGCCAUACAGACGGCGCCUCUUGUAUUGAUAUUUCCCCUGACGGGACUAAACUUUGGACGGGAGGCCUCGAUAACACAGUCAGAUCUUGGGACCUCAGAGAGGGUAGACAACUUCAACAACACGACUUCAGCAGCCAAAUAUUCUCGUUGGGAUUCUGUCCUACUGGCGAAUGGUUGGCUGUCGGUAUGGAGAGUUCGAACGUUGAAGUUCUUCACGUCUCAAAAGCUGACAAGUACCAGCUUCAUCUCCACGAAAGUUGCGUCUUGUCGCUGAAGUUCGCCUCUGCCGGCAAAUGGUUCGUCUCAACGGGCAAGGAUAAUCUGCUGAACGCAUGGAGAACACCGUUCGGUGCUUCCAUAUUCCAGUCGAAAGAGUCUUCGUCCGUCCUGAGCUGUGACAUUUCUGCAGAUGACAAGUACAUCGUAACUGGAUCUGGAGAUAAAAAGGCCACCGUUUACGAAGUUAUGUACUGAACGGUUGAAAUUCGAUUCUUAGCUUACCUCAGGCUCAAUUAUGUUUUAUCAUUUCUAGGUCAAUCUUCAAGGCAAUAGUGGACAGUCACUCAUAGUUUUCUGGUUUCGUUUAAAACGAAGUCUGUAAAUCAAACAUGAAUUAACUUCCAUGAGAUCUUUGCUCUCUUCGUUGUUUGUACCUUGAGUCCGAACGUCGUUUCUACUCAGCUAUUGGAGGAUCUCAAAAUUGAUGGCUGGAAAGCCUGAGAACAACGCUUUCGAUAAUAAUCCAAGGCAAGCUCGGACUUUCCUCCACUCAAUUGGCCUCUACCACUUCAUCAAGCAUUUUGCGUUUGCCCCAUUUCCAUACAUUUCGUAUUUCAUCUUGCUUGAACUAUCGGAUAUAAAUUUAAGCUGUAUUUAUCAACUAUAAGUUAAAGAUAUCCUUUGAGUGUUCAGUCUUGAAAGGAUUUGUCACUUUGACAAGCACGCAUGCUGCACUUUAUAGACAUAAAUCAAUGCUUAUUCUAAGUACGAGUCUCGUAUUACUAGCAACGAAACUGAGCUUCAAGGAAUUCAUUCGGAUGAUAAUGCCUUCGCGGUUGACUGCUCUAAGCUCACCUAUUAUGCUGAUAAAAUAAAAUUUCGUUCAACACUAAUUUACUUGUUAAUAAUAAUUCAAAGAGCCAUGGUACCAAGAAGGUAGCCAAGUUUUUUAUGCAUCUCCCUAUUGAUUCAUAAUCAAAUGCUCAUUUGCAAAUAUAUAACUCGACGUUCAAAUGAUAAUUUCGUGUGCCAUAGUCAGUUGGUUUCGAUGUGUCGUGUGUUAAGGUUUUGUCGCACUGGGUCAGAUCCUAUAACCAAUAUUCCGGAAAUGAUGACUUUGUUUACUGUGUCUCUUAGUCCUCACCAAGAACUCGUCGGCAUUAAUAAUUCUCAUCAACAGCGCUUUUGAUUUUUUUUAUCUCGAUUGCAUAGCGUCGUUGUGCUCUCCCUUCAAGCAGCUUGCCUAUUCGAAGUCGCUAAUGUUUUAUUUAAAUGCGUGGUGCAGCGAGCUGUGAAUUUAAAUUUUGGGUAAGGUUUGCUUGCUCUAUAUUUUUACGUGGGUUGUGUGACACUAAUAUUAGCUCGUGUCGUGUUCACUGUAAAAUCUGAACUUGUUGACAAUUUUUUACUUUUUCUCACUGGUGAUAAUAAUUAAAACACGAUAAUUGAAAUUCCGCAAGAUGUGCACAAUGAACUUUUCAUGCUUUGGAAUUCUAUCAUUCUUAUUCGUCGGGAUGAUCUGCGUCUAGCUGCAUGUGGUGUGCGAUGUCGUGCUUUGAGCGCAGUCGAGCGUAUCCUAUUCGAUAGUCUUGAUUUUUGUUUACAGUGUUACGUUACGUGUUUGAUAACUGGAUAACUAAAGGUCGACCAGCUUGACGCAUUUAAAAUAAAAUUAUUAGACAGUAUGUUGACCGACGCUGUCAUUUUUAUCUACCUCACUAAGACGUUUGCGUUGUGCCCACUAAGUUAGAAAUAUGAUCCCUGUUAGUUAUGAUAACAGGAUGACGAUGAUAAAUGUUCACGUAAAAGGAACGUUAGUAAAUGAAUGACAUGUUGUUUCCGUUUGUAUUAUUAGCUUAAGUCUUUGCUGCAUUGUGAUAACUUGUACCAUAAUUGUAUGAUAUAAUUCAGUAGUCGAGUAAGUCUUGUAAUUAUGUACACCAACUUCGCAGUAUUAAUAACGUACGUUACGUAAGUUAUAACCUCAUGCCUGUUAUACAGGACGCGUACUUGGACGAAAUCCCCAUCCCUACCCUAAAUUUGUAAGCAUGCAUUGUACUGCAGUGAUACCAUGACAAUGGCAAUCCUUAUUUAUUUCGCCAUUUUCGAUGGCGUCUUAUUCAAGUUAAAGACCGCCCAGUCUCAGACGUUUUUAGUUAGAGAUUUUCAAGUUUCUAACGCCCCGUUGAUUUGCUCACCUUACGUUUUGUGACUUGUUUGGGAUGCCAGGCCUCUUGUUGAACAGGAAGCUCAGUUCAAAAAGAUUUUGCUGGGUUGCUUGUCGUAAUGGUUUACUCCUCACGGACGAAUACUGUAUACCCGAGGUUUGUUUCGGCGGCGAAUAAAAAAAAUGGUAGGUGUGUUCGAACCCGCCGACCGCAAACAUUCUUUAAAAAAAAUGGUCGAUAUCCACUAACGGAUCCGGUAAGUGUCGUGAGUCGUGAUUUACUUAUCCUUCCGUCAUGUUGAAGCGCUGCUCGUUGAAUCCAGACUACCCAUAGUAGUCCUAGGACAGCAUCUUCUGCCGGCUUGAAGCCUCUACGCUAUUUAUGGCCAAAACUUAUUUUGCAUUCUGUUGAUAAUCGUUGUUUUUAAUUGUAUUGAUUUCCGAUUUUCUUCGUAUUGCAAAUUAAUUGUUGAAUUGAAAUUUGACCACGUUCACCAACUACUGGUUCUGUUCUAAAGUGACGUAACUGCUGGUAUAAAUUGUUGCAAAUUGUUGUGCCUUUUAUUGAUUUAUGUUUUUAAGGUUCUUCGUGAAAUUCUGUCUCUUAUUCAUGAACCACUGGCGAAUUUUCCAUUGUCUUAUUUUUUAUAUAUAGCAAACCCGUGUAUUGAUAGUUCUGGUACCUAUUCUCUUGAAUGCUAGCAUUGCCAUAAUGUGAUAUCUUUUUAAGAACGUCACCUUGCUAAGGAAAUGUUGAGGAAAUACACAUGUAGCUUCCUUCGUUACUUGAAUUUAUUACUUCGGAUUCAAGUGUUCCAUAACAUUAUCGCUAAGGAUCAGCAUCUUGUAUACGGUUAGUGAAAAUUGAUAACUAAAGCUGCCUCUAGUGAACAUUUAUCAUUUCUCGGUGCUUCUUGCCCUUGAUGCAAAUCCGUAUGAAUGUAACACUUAAUAUGUGAUAUCCUCCUGGAGUGAGCUCUUCCUUAUCGACCGUUUGCUUUUGUCUUAUAGAAACUGGUUUUCAUUUUUAACGUCGACUUCAGAAAAUCGUACCGGCAAGACUGAAGCUGUCUCUUCUAUUUAUUUAGACUGCCUAAAUUAAUACUAAUGUUCCGAGCUACUUUAUUUGAAUUUAGUCUCAUGGCCCAAGAAAUAAUAAGAUAUGGAGAAAGCCUCUAGUUUGCCAUUAUGUUGGUCUGUGUGGCCGAGAAAGCAUUUUGUGCAAUCAAGUAUUGAAGAAUGACCUCUUCGGAGUACCAGAGUACAAACCGCAUUCCAUUAUAGUGUCCUCACAUUCGAAACAAUUUUGCCUUAAGUCUCUAGAGUGCGUCAGCAAGUGAAACUUACUGCACGCUAAAUGAUAAUGUAGAAUUUUGUUUCCGAUCGCCGAAGUUGUUUCCAAGGUUCAUGAUAUGCCAGCAACGACAUCAAUUAUGAAGUUGAAUUUUGUAUGUGCAUGGCGGUAUCCACCAUUUCAUCUGUGAUCCAUGUCAUGGUUUGUGUGUGUAUGUUAGCCAUCAUUGUUUCUUGCCCAGGCUAUAGGGAAAGCAUUUUUAUGAUCUCCUAAGUUUCUAAGGUUACACUGCAACUUAUACUUGUAAAUUUAUGUUUCGAAAGUUUUUCCAGCAGAUUAUUCAGUUUUUAGGGUUAUUUCGUGUGUGUAAACCCUCUGCGUGUACUUCGUGCUCUCUAUUUUAUGUGUGCGCUUCAUUUUUAGAUCUCACUGUUUGGUAUCGCACAAUUGGUAUUACGUAUGUCUAUUUUAUGUUUUGAUUCAUUAGUUCAAAUACACUAAUUUGAAAUCA